GGGAGACAUGGGGUAAUAGAAGGCUGAGAGAGUAAGAGAGGGAGGGUGUCGGAGGAGAGGGAAGGAGAGGGCAGGCGGCAGUGAGGCAGAGACAGCGUCGCCAGCAGCAGCGUAUCAGAUAGUUACGCUUCCCACCGCACGCAUCCAGAAUGGCUCGGUUAGAUUUCAAGGGAAUGAUGGUGCCCACCUUCGCUCCGUUCAAAGCAGAUGGAAGCCUCAACCUGGAGAUGGUGAAGCCCUACGCAGAACACCUGAAGAAGAAGGGAAUAGCUGGGGUGUGGGUGAACGGCUCUGUGGGUGAAGGCCUGGCGAUGACGGUGGCGGAGCGAAAGGCGGUGGCAGAGGCAUGGCUGGCCUGCCGAGAUGAUGUGCCCACUGUCAUCGUGCAUUGCGGCGCCGUGUGUCUCAAGGAAGUGCAGGAGCUGGCUAGCCACGCAGAGAGCCACGGGGCGAGUGCCGUGGCUGUGGUGCCCAAUGUGUAUGAGCGCCCCGCCACAACUGAUCAACUGGUGGACUAUAUGCAGGAGGUGGCCAAGGCGUGUCCCCGCACUCCGCUCUUCUACUAUCACAUCCCCAUAAAAACUUGUGUCAACUUGUCGAUGAGCGAGUUCCUGGCGAAGGGGGUGAAGCGUGUCCCCACCCUGUCUGGUAUCAAGUUCACGGAUAUGGACGUCAGCGGCGAGGGGCGCAAGUGUCUGGCGGUGGACAGCUCACUCACCAUCUUCAGUGGCUUUGAUGAGUCCCUUCAGGAGGCUCUCAACAUGGGCUUCACCGCCUGCGUCAACUCCAGCGGUAACUUUGUACCUCAACUCGGCUGUCGCAUCUUCUCCCUCAUGGCUGCCGGGGACACUGACGGGGCCAAGAAGGUGCAGGAACAACUUCUUGACUGCCUCGCAAUUAUCUUCGCUGAAAGCGGUGGGUUCAACGGAGCUGGCCUGAAGGCAGCAUGCACCAUCCUGACGGGCCUCCAGCUGGGGCCGACACGCCUCCCGGUGCAAAUGCUGACGCAAGAAAGAAUGAACACCGUCAGGAAGAACCUCGAGAGCCGCGGUUUUAAGGUUUACUGAGAUAACUUAACCUACCGGCGACGCUGAAGGAGGCAGGAGGAGAAGAAGAAGAGGGAGGGCAUGAUGGUAGUGAAAACGAAUGGACAAAGAGAGAGAGAGAGAGAGAGAGAGAGAGAGAGAGAGAGAGAGAGAGAGAGAGAGAGAGAGAGAGAGAAUGUAAGGAAAAAUAGAAAAAGAGCGAAGUUUAAGACAAGAUGAAAGGGAACAUUUUGAAAGAGGCAGCUAAGAACAAAAAAAAAAAGCUAAAAAGAAAAGAAGAAAAGAAAAAUGUGGAAGAAGAGAGAAUUGGUAAAUUAAAAAGAUGAAGAGUUGAAUAAAAAAAAAACAAGAAAAAAAUAGAAGAAUAGACCGAUAGACAGAAGAAGAGAGAAGAAAAAGAAGAACAACAGCAACAAAGGAGAGGAUGAGAAAAAAGAAAAAAACUAUGAAGAAAUAGAUGCAGGAAGAGGAGAGAGAGAGAGAGAGAACAUAGAACAUAGGAUCAUAAUAGGAGAAGUAGGUGAAUAAUGCAUUUUUUAGGAAGUAGUUGCAUGCCAAAGUAGAUGUGGUAACUAAUAGAUUGAGAUAGAAAUGCACGUAGACUGAAGAGACCAUUGGUAGUAACAGCAGUAAUAGCAAUGACAGUAUGUAGUAGAAGUAGAAAUAGUAGUAGUUGUUGUUGGUGUUGUUUUGUGUUCGUUGUUGCUGUUGUAAUAGUAGUAACAGGAAGGAGGAAUUGGAGAUAAGUGAAUGAGAUGAGAAUACUUAUGAGGACGAAAAGUAAUAUAGAAAUAGAUGUCAAACAGGAAGAUGAAAUAAGAGAAAAUGGAAUAGACAAAAAGUGACUGACACAACUUUGAUUAUUUCCCUUUUUCAAACAUUUUAUUUCGUAUAGAGUAUUAAGAAAGCAAUUUUUUUUUUCAAAUUUAGAUUCAUGAUUCAAUUUUUUUCCUAAAGAAGCUUGUGAGCAGGUAAUGAUGGUGAUAGGCAAGGUGGUGAUGGUAAUUAAUAUGUGAAUGAUUUAGUACGUCUGGAAAUUAUUUUAUCAAUUUAUAUCUUGUCACUGUAUUAGUUAGUAAAAUACGAUUAUUUUGUAUCUUAUUUGGAAGCGAAAUGCAAGAUACGAGAGAGAGAGAGAGAGAGAGAGAGAGAGAGAGAGAGAUUAAACAAUAUCUAUUUGAAAUCAUGUUAUAAUGUUGCUAAUCAUUAGUUAAUACAUAGUUAAUUAGAAUAAUGCCCUUCGCUCACUGUCCUGUCCUCAAAACAAUUCAUAAAAUUGAUAUAUGAGAAAA